AUGUCGAGCAGGGUCGCCACCUCCGCCGCCGCGAGCGCCGCAGCGGGCAUGAUCAAGCUCUCGCCGAGCGUGUACUUCCUUCCUCCCCUUCCGCCCGCGCCGGGCCGCAGACCCACCCCUCCCCCCGCCGACUCGGUCUCCUCGCUUGCGGCGUCCACUACGACGCUCGGGUCGUCAAUCUCGGACAUUGGAAAGGACUCGGUAUACUCUGCCCCCUCUGCUGAGUCCACCACCACCUCCAACAGCUCCUCGAGCGCGUCCAGCGACAGCGGCAGCGCGGCCGUGCCCCGCCGCGACCCCGGGCUCAUUCUUCUCGGCACCUGGAUGGGAGCGGCCCCGAAGCAUAUCCAGAAAUACACGGAUGCGUACCGCCAUCUCUUUCCCAGCAGCCCGAUCCUACUCGUGCGCAGCGAGCCGACAGACUUCAUGAAGCCGCGUGCCGCCCGGGAGAACCUGCGUCCUGCCGCGCGCCUCGUCGAGGCGUACGCUUCCAACCCUCUCCUGCCCCUCGCCGUGCCCUCUCCUGUCUCCGCCGACGCCAAGACCGAGGCCGGUGCCAGCGGCGUGUCGAAGGACUUGCUGAAGAAGACGGGCCUCGACAAGCCGGAACGCAGCAACGCCGGCGGCCCCAUGCUAGUUCACGUCUGGAGCAACGGCGGCAGCAACUCUCUCUGGGGCAUCCGGCGGCAAUCGAGCGUCUUCCCACGCUACAAGCUGAUCAUGGACUCCUGCCCCGGCCAGUUCCACUACAAGGCGACCUUCACUGCCUUCAGCCUCACAAUCCCCUAUCCCUGGCUGAGGCGGCUGCUCGCGCCGCUGAUCCACUUCAUGUGCUGCUGGUUCUGGCUGCGGCUGCGUAUGCCGGGCUUCUCGAGGCUGAUCGGCGGCGAGGGACAGGGCGGCCCGCUCCGCCUCAGCGCUGACUCGCACAAUGACCCGAAGCUCCUCGGCGUGGAUCGGGGACGGACGUACAUCUACUCGGACGAGGAUGCGCUCGUGCCCAGCGCCGAUGUCGAGGAGCACGCGCACCAGGCCAUCGAUAGGGGAUUCAACGUCAGGCUCGAAAAGUUCAAGGGUAGCCAGCACGUCGCGCACGCCAAGAAGGAUCCGGAGAGGUAUUGGCGCCUUGUGCGGCAGACUUGGAACGGGGGGCUGGAUGGGGAGGGCCUGACGCCGCAGCAGGAGCAGAAGGAGAAGCAGCGACUGGACAAUCAUUACAGAGACCAAGCUCAGGCUUAA